AGCAUUGGUUGAACGGGAACCAUUGGAGAUAUUUUCAAGAAAUGCUCGCAGUUUUGAGUGAAUUUUACUGUAGCUACUCCCUACACUCUCCACAAUACAUUCACAUGCAAUAGUAGGCUGGUAGCAGUUUAGUUGAAUCUGAAAUUCAGAACAGUUCGCACCGAAUGUUAGUUAGUUUAUAGUUAGUUUGUGACAGCAACUAAUAACAAAAACUUUACAACUGAAAAUUAACUUGAGUGAUACAAUUAUUCGUGGAGGAUUUGAAUUCAGUGGUGGUCAUAAAAUGAUAAAUAAUAUUGAUACUUCAGAGGUGUAAAAAUCUAUAAAGAAUGUUUAUCGAAGAAUCUUCUUUCUUGCUUGAAAUGUCAUCAUUGUUUUAGUGUAAUAGAUGAACUCUAUUCUUCUUCAUUGGAAGGAUAAUGGAUAUUCCACAGAUGUACGGUGCAGAGGUAAUUGAGCCGAACCCUGCUGGCAAAUCGGCAGUUUACAAAGAGUAUGGCAUGACGGAGACUGGUAUGAAAGAGGACAUAACUCAACUGAAAACCUGGCUCAGCAAGCAGCCUCAUCUACCCAUCUUAUCUGGAGAGAACGUUGACGCCUGGUUAGAGAAUUACCUGAUCACCUGCAAGAACAGUCUGGAGCGAGCUAAGGAUGGAUUGGACAUCUACUUUUCAUUGAAAAGUCUCAUCCCAGAGGUUUUCAUGAACCGGGACCCUCUGCAUCCAGGGAUCAUAAAAAGUACCGAAGUGAUGGCGUUGCUCUUUCUGCCGCAGCCGACACCCGACAACCGACGCGUGCUAUUGUUCUCGCACCGCUGCUUGUCGGCGGACCACUUUGACCCGGUGUUCGCCUACCGCCGCAUCACAAUGAUGCUGGACGUGCUGCUGCAGGAAGGCGUCGACUAUAGCGGUAUCGAAGUGGUCGUCGACACACGUCGCUGCUGUUUCGCUCACAUUACCAAGUACAAUCCGGCCCUACUCAAGCGGGCCUUCGAUCUCGGACUGAAAGGCUACCCACAACGUGUACACAAAAUUCACAUGGUCAACCCUUGGUCGAUGCUCGAGACUGGCGUGGCACUAUUCAAGCAGUUCAUGUCUAAGAAGCUUCAAGAGAGGAUGAUAGUGCACAGAAAAAUUGAAGAUCUGCACACUCACAUACCAAAGAGCAUUCUACCCAGUGAUCUCAGUGGAGAAGGCCCUUCGAUGGAGGAGCUCAAUGAUGCUUGGCAAGAGAAAUUGAUUUCCUACAGACAAUGGUUCCUCCACAACGACACGAUAAAGGCUGAUGAGUCAAAAAGGGUCGGCAAAUGUCGCUUCGGUCAAAUGGAACAGACAUUUGGAAUUCAAGGAUCAUUCAGAAAAAUUGAAGUUGAUUAGUGGAUAUGAUACAACAAUAUCACUGAAUUAACCUCUCGCAAACAUCGUUUCAUCAAUAGACUUCAUCAAUAUUUCUACUAUUAAUAUUCUAGAAGAUAUUUUAUUUGGUUGCUGUAUUAUAUUCCAUUUAUUUGUUUGUUAUUUAUUCUUAUCCUUUUAAUAAAUAUAUCAUCUCGUAUUCUGGAUAAAAUUA